UACUGGGGGACAGAUUCGACCAUCCUGGCUGAGCAACAACGACGAGCGCCGUACUCUAUCGCCUUAAUAUACUUUGAUCUCGUUUGAGCUUGUGUGUGUAGUCAUUGGGUGCUGGUCUUUUUUAGCGAUUCUUGGCUUAUCUAUCAGAGUACACCCGAGAAGGCAUGUUCUAUCAUCCCCCAUGACUCGUCGUCUAUUCUUCAAUCCACGCACAGCUUUGAUGCUGGGCACCACUGCAGAUUCUCAGCGUGAGAGCUUGGCGCCUUCAGGCGCAUCCAGACGCUCCAGCUCCGCUAUGCCACCAAGUGCCCCUUCUUAUACUCCUCUGCAGACUAUGAUCUUGGCCAACCGCGGGGCCGUCUCUGCCCUUCGUGGACAGCAGCUCAACUUCGAGGCCAUGAGUGAGCCACAGCAGAACGCUAAUCAACAGGGAACAGCGCAAGUCGGAGGGGGUUCUUCCUCAUCUUCGUCAACGAGUGCGGGUAGCUUCGCUGGGCCUCAGG